UCUCAGCCAAACGUCGUCCAUUUCACUUUUCUUUGUUCGUGCUUUCGGGUUCACGUUGUAGUUUUGUUUUUCCCUUCACUGACAUCACUCAAAAUGAAUGGAGUUAUGGACGAACCGGCAUUAUUGUUGGAGGUACCUCCUGUCCUCAAAAGACUUGCUAAACUCGUUGUGCGUGGGUUUUACGAGGACGAACAUGUCGCUUUGGUCAAUGUACUUACGAACGCCAAGCAUCCCUGUGUCAAGGAAGAAGACUUGAUGGAGCUUUUGAAGUUUGAUAAAAGGCAACUACGUCAAGUGAUUAUGCGACUCAAAAAUGAUAAACUGAUAAAACAGCGUGUACACAAAGAAAAACAGCCGGACACUGGGACAAUGCUUACAUUUAAUUACUAUUUCAUAAACUAUAAACUCUUCGUUAAUGUCGUUAGAUACAAACUUGAUCAUAUUCGAAAAAAGAUCGAGAGUGACGAGAAACAGGCUAAGAAUAGACCUUCGUUUUUAUGCACACAGUGCGCUAACAAAUACUCUGAUUUAGAAGUGGACCGUUUGAUCGACAUGAUGACAGGGUUGCUGAAGUGUACUUACUGUAGUGGAACUGUCGAAGAAGAUGUUAGUGAAAUCCAACAAGGUAAUAAUUACAGAACCUCUUUAGCAAGGUUUAAUGAACAACUAGAGCCAAUAUUUCUAUUGUUAAAAGAAUCUGAGAAUAUCAACUUGGCUCCACAAAUCCUUGAACCAGAGCCAGACUUGUCGUCUAUCAAUGUACAAGCUUCCAGAGCAAGUCAUGGUACUCAUGCAAGCAAAUCAGGGUGGGCUCAUGAUCGAAGAGGGAUAGACACAGGUGAUCUUGGAAUUAAGAUAAGUAUGGGGCCAGAGGAUGACAAUGACAGUGACAAAACUAAACGGGUUAAGGAUGCUCCUAUAUGGAUGCAACAAAGUACUGUUGCACCAAAUGAGGAGACAAAGAAUGAGAACAACCCGACAACGAACACUUCAACAGGACCUCAAACAUCUGCACAUAAAGAAGAUGAAAUACUUGCUGACUUGUUGGCUCAUGAAAGUGUUAGUAAAAAACCAAGAUUAGAUGUUGAACAAGCCCUUGGCAAGGAAGAAUCAGAGUCAAGUGACGAUUCUGACGAUGAAGAAAUGAAAACCAUUCCUGUUUCUCAGGAUGAUAAAGUCACAGAAGCCAUGGAGGAAGCAGACAGUGAUGGGGAUAAUGAGAUUAAGAUUAAGAUUGGAGGGAAAUUGGUAGCUUUACAUGAUGUUAAAGGAGAUAUGAUUGAGUCAAUGACACAAGAAGAACAUGAUGCUUACGAUAAAGCUUGCAAGGAAGCCUAUAGUGAUAUGUUUUAAAGAUCCCAGUAUUGAUUCAAAAGUAUUGCUAAGUCUAUAAUUAUGAUAUUAGUUCUAGAUAGCAAUAGUAAACAAUCCUGAGGAAGUUUUUUCAUUCAAUGACUUUCAAAAAACUUCAUCAAAAAAUGUAAAAAGGAAUAUAAAUUUAUAGCAAUAAAAUUGUAGAAAUACAGCAAAAAGGUA